UUUUGGUCCCCGCCUUAUGUGGGGAUCUGGAUUCUUAGCAUCUGUGGAGGGAAUCUCCAGGUCUCUCGCCUCCAUUUCUGCCUCACCUUCACUGACUGCAGGAACCACAAGAGGAUACUAGGACAUCGUGCCUCUGAAUGGAGUUGGUGACCUUUGAGGAUGUGGCUGUCCACUUCACCAUGGAGGAGUGGGCUCUGCUGGAUCUAUAUCAAAAGGAGCUCUACAAAGACGUGAUGAAGGAAAUAUUGAGAAAUGUGGUUUCCAUAGGAGACAUAAGGAAACACCAAAAGAUUGAAAACGAAUACCAAAAUUCUGGGCGAAAACUAAGAUGUCAGCUUGUGGAGAAACUCCGUGACUGUAAAGAGGGUCAUGAGUGUGCAGAGAUCUUCAAACUCUCCACAGAGGGCACUGGGAACCAUAAAUUUUAUCCAGGAGUACAUAUAUGUAAAAGAAAUGGGUUUGUUAAUGUACUCAUUGGCCAUUUAGCUCUAAAUGUGCGGCUGAAACCUAGGCCAGGGCAGAAGUUAAAUGAAGUUCGGGAAGAUGGAGAGAACGUGUAUUCUAAGGAAUCCGAGGGCACCUCCAGCUCUUCCCCGUCUCCUCAGAAGCAUCAAAAUGCUGAGCCUGCAGAAAAACCUGAUAAAACCAAACAGCCCGAUGAAGACCUCAGACCUGGUCAGAACCCUGAAAGGACUCCUGCUGAAGACAGACACCACAGAUGUCAGCAGUGUGGGAAAGCUUGCACUUCUCUCCACUCCUUGAAGAGGCAUGAACAACAUUACCAUGCAAAGAAAUGCUUUAAGUGUAAGCAGUGUGGGAAAGCCUUCCCUUUCCCAAGUUCCCUACAAGUCCACGAAAGGAUCCACACUGGUGAGAAGCCCUAUGCGUGUAAGCAGUGUGGGAAGACCUUUGCACAUUCCAGUUCUCUCCUAAGACAUGAAAGAAUUCACACUGGCUCCAGUCCCCAUGAGUGUAAACUGUGUAGGAAAACCUUUACUCGUUUGAAUUCGCUUUUAAGGCACAAAAUAAUUCAUACCGGUGAAAAGCCCUAUGUGUGUAAUCAGUGUGGGAAAGCUUUCUCUCGAUCCGCCUCCCUUCAGAGACACACAAGACUCCACACUGGAGAGAAACCCUAUGUGUGUAAGCAGUGUGGGAAAGCCUUCAUCACCUGUACUUACCUGCAGGUUCAUGAGCGAACUCACACUGGGGAAAAACCGUAUGUAUGUAAGGAUUGUGGGAGCGCCUUCAUGCUUUGGACCCAAUUCCAAAAGCAUAAAGUAGUUCACAGCGGUGUGAAUCCCUUUGUUUGCAAGCAAUGUGGGAAAGCUUUCACCCGUCUUGGUUCCCUACAAAUACAUGAGAGAAUUCACACUGGUGAGAAGCCCUAUGUGUGUAAGCAGUGUGGGAAAGCCUUCAUCACCUGUACUUACCUGCAGGUUCAUGAGCGAACUCACACUGGGGAAAAACCGUAUGUAUGUAAGGAUUGUGGGAGCGCCUUCAUGCUUUGGACCCAAUUCCAAAAGCAUAAAGUAGUUCACAGCGGUGUGAAUCCCUUUGUUUGCAAGCAAUGUGGGAAAGCUUUCACCCGUCUUGGUUCCCUACAAAUACAUGAGAGAAUUCACACUGGUGAGAAGCCCUAUGUGUGUAAGCAGUGUGCAAAAGCCUUCAUGUCUUUGACUCAGUUAAGACGACAUGAAAUAAUCCACAGUGGCAUCAAACCUUACAUGUGCAAACAAUGUGGAAAGGGCUUUCUCUGCUCUACUACUCUCCGGAGUCAUGAGAAGAUGCACAGUGGCAAUAACCCGUAUGUGUGUUCACAAUGUGAGAAGGUUGUGAGUUCUGAGAGCGCUUUGCGGAAACAUAAAAUGAUUCACACUGGAGAGAAGCCGUGUGUCUGUAAGCAAUGUGGCAAGACAUUCACUCAUUUAAGUUCCCUUCAGUACCAUGCGCUGAUGCACAGCGGAGAGAAACCCCAUGAAUGUAAGAAAUGCGGGAAAGGCUUUCGGUCUUUUAGUCACCUUAAAAAGCACGAGAGAACUCAACACUAAAUAGAAAACUAUCUGCAUGUAAGCAAUAUGGGAAAGCCAUUCUCAGUGGCACAAAUCCAUAGGUUUGUUUUUAAGAAGUGUUUACAGCCUUUAAAUGGCUGUGGCGGUUUUCACAUAAACUCACUGGAGAAAAGGGGGACUUUUUGCUACCAGUAUGUUAAAGUCUUCUAUAGGGUUGAUUAAAAACAAAAACAAGAACCCAUGAAAUAGCCAGAGUGGAGGGGAAUCUUUUAAAAAAUAAUAUCGA